AGGAUGGAAAAAGAUCGUCCAUCCCAGCCCUGUGGUGGGUCAAUGGAAGAGGAGCGGAGGUCAGAUGGAGCUUUGAAGAGAUGGGGCUCCAUUCCAGGAAGGUGGCCAACAUCCUCAUCGACCGAUGUGGACUACGCAAAGGCGACAGAAUCCUGGUCGUUCUCUCCCGGAUUCCGGAAUGGUGGCUGGUGAUCAUGGCUUGCAUUAGGACAGGCAGAGAGGCACCUGCCAAUCAUACUUGUGUGAAAACCAAGAUGAAUGAUCCCAUGUUGGUUUAUUUCACCAGCGGAACCACAGGGGCUCCCAAGAUGGUUGAACACAGUCAAGGGAGCCUGGGGUUCAGACCCAUCAUUUGCCAAAGGUAUGAAAGAAAUUCCCUCGAAAUCCCAGUGAAAAUCCAUCAUAGUGAAUUUAUCAUUAGAUCAGCUAACGGACGUGCAAAGCUCACUCUCUCCCAAUUUCCGAUCACCGCUUUCCUGAGUACUCCUACCCUCUUUCGCAUCUUGUUGAGGGAAGAUUUAACCAGUUUCAAGUUCAAGAGUCUCCAAUACUGUAUAAGUGGAGGAGAACCAAUAAGUCUUGAAGUGGUGGAAGAAUGGAAGAACAAGACAGGACUGGAUAUCUAUCAACUAUAUGGACAGACAGAAACGGGAUCAAUUUGUUCCGUUUCCAAAGAAAUGAAAAUUAAGCCAGGCACCAUGGGGAAAGCUCUUUUUCCUUACGAUGUCCAGAUUGUAGACCAAGAAGCCAAUAUUUUGCCUCCUGGAAAAGAGGGUGAAAUAGCAGUCAGGAUAAAACCCGAAAGACCCCUUGGCUUCUUCACUCAGUACAUUGAUGCACCUCAAAAAAUGGCUGCCACAACGCGCGGGGACUUUUUCCUCACUGGAGACAGAGGAGUGAUGGAUGAAGAUGGCUACUUUAGGUUCAUCGGACGAACUGACGAUAUCAUCAAAUCAUCUGGGUGGAAUUUGUCCAGCAGCUACCGAAAUCCCAAACGGGAAAGAUCCAACGGAAUGAAUUAAGAGACCAAGAAUUUGGCCGAGUUUAAAUCUAUAGAAAGCUUGCUUCAUCUCCACCGUUUUCUUUCAUUGAUGUGAUCCAAAAGCCUUGUUACCUCUCGAAACGACUUGUUCUUUGGCUUGGCUUUGAGUUCUCCCACUGAAACCUAUAGGGGCCAUACAUUAAAAGCAGUCUUC